UAAGCUCCCGCUGAGAAUCUAAUCACGACGUUUCUAUUCCUCCAUGCCCCCACAUAAUCCAACGCCUCUCACCAGUCCUACACUUCAAAUCUGAAUCCCCACCCUCCAUGUUUUACAGGCAUACACUCUAAUCCUCCAUCCUUCUCGUUUUCGAUAAUAUCCCCACUUUCUCUCUCCUCCAGAUCUGAUCUUCUGAGUCCUGAGCCACCAUUUUCCUUCUCUCUCUCUCUCUCUCCCCCUCUCUUCCUCGAAAUUCAACGCUGAAACGGGAACAAAUACAUAUAAUUUCUUUGUUCAGAGGAAGCAGCAGCGCUAGCUCUCACGGGCUUCCGAUUUGGUGUUGCCCGUUUCCUGCUUUUUGGCAAUGGUGGAGGCACAGACAUGGACGACGCGCCGCAUGAGCAACCCCAGGCUGGACACCGCCGCAACCAACCUACUUCUUGAAGUUCCGGUCACCCCGCCUGGCGACGUUCGCAAUAACACUACCUCCACAUACUUCCCGUUCUCUACCAACGUUUUGACUGCUCUCAUCGUCGCCUCCUGGUACCUCUCCAAUAUUGGCGUUCUUCUUCUCAACAAGUACCUCCUCAGCUUCUAUGGCUUCCGUUUCCCAAUUUUCCUCACCAUGCUCCACAUGCUCUCCUGCACCGCCUACAGCUACGCCGCCAUUAACUUCCUCGAGCUCGUCCCCUUCCAGCACAUCCACUCCAAGCGCCAGUUCCUCAAGAUCCUUGCCCUCAGUGCCAUCUUCUGUUUCUCCGUCGUAUGCGGCAACACUUCCCUCCGCUACCUCCCUGUCUCGUUCAACCAGGCCAUUGGCGCCACGACGCCGUUCUUCACGGCCAUUUUCGCCUUCGUCAUCAUUUGCCAUAAGGAGUCUGCCGAGGUCUACCUCGCCCUCCUUCCCGUCGUAUUCGGCAUCGUCUUGGCGAGCAACAGCGAGCCCUUGUUCCACCUAUUCGGAUUCCUCGUCUGCGUGGGGUCCACCGCCGGACGCGCAUUGAAGUCCGUCGUUCAGGGAAUUCUCUUAACCUCGGAGGCCGAAAAGCUCGAUUCAAUGAACCUCCUCCUAUACAUGGCCCCCAUGGCCGCUCUGAUUCUCUUACCGUUCACGCUUUACAUCGAGGGCAAUGUGGCAGCGAUUACGGCCGAGAAGGCCAAAGGGGACCCCUACAUAGUCUUCUUGCUGAUUGGGAAUGCGACGGUGGCGUAUUUGGUCAACUUGACAAAUUUCUUGGUGACCAAAUACACCAGCGCGCUGACCCUCCAGGUGUUGGGGAACGCCAAGGCGGCGGUAGCGGCGGUUGUGUCCGUCUUGAUAUUUAGAAACCCGGUUACGGUAAUGGGGAUGACGGGGUUCGCCGUUACCAUCAUGGGCGUGGGGCUCUACAGUGAGGCCAAGAAACGUUCCAAGGUUACCACCCAUUGAUAGUGAAAACAUAGAACUGAAAAUCGAAAGAUUUUCACUUUUGAUUUGCCAUAAACACGGUAUGAUGGAUGCUCUUUGCGGGACACACACGACAGUUAUUUUUGUUAAAAAUUGAUUUUUGAAGCACAAAAGAAAAACUUGGAUUUUGAUGAACGACCAAAUCAGCCUACACCAAUUAUAUGGAUUGAUAAGGAGCAAAGUUUUUCGAAUUUCUGCCAUUUUACUCUGCUGAUAUUGAAGUUUCGGUUACCUCCCAACCAAAUGUUUUGCAACUAUUGCUUCUUCCUCUGAUCCCAAUCUUAUGUCAUUCGAGUUAACGAAUGGUCUCUUCUGAUGAAAGCUUUCCUACCACGGAAUGGAUUCAAGAGAUAAAUAUUAGUUUCAUGGUAGCUUCGAGUCAUGGCUAAAGCUUCUUGGCUCUUGUAUUUGACUGGAGUGAUGAUGGCAAGGAGGGAGCCAAACUGAUGAUUCACAAAUCAUAUCGUAAUUCAAUAUUCCUUAUUGCUGGAAAAAAGAAAUCCAUAAAAACUCAAGGUUUUCGUUCUUGUAUGAUUGUGAGAAACAGACUCAUUGUAGUGAUUUGAAGAAGUAAAAGAAGCCCAUUUGAUAUGUGUGGAUUAAACUCGUUCAAACCAGAACAAGAGAGUUACUCUUUCUUUUUUUUCUCUACAUAAACUGUAAUCACCUGCACUAGUACACCAUAAGUAGUGUAAAUGACAGUGUCUAUGAUUUGAGUA